AUGAACUUCUACUUCGAAGCCGUCGCUGUUCUUGAUAAGCUUGAUGCAAAGAAGGGCUCAAUCAAGGGGGUCCUGGCCUCGGUGCCAGAGAAGAACAGAAAAAGAACGGCAGCUCUAGUCAUCGAAACUCUGAAGUACAAGCAGGUGUUGAAUGAAGUCAUUGAUGCGGCCCAGUUGCUCAAACAAGAGAAAAAGUUGAGUUCGCGCAACCUUGCUCUCGUGCUUGUCCACGACCUUCUACUCGCCCGCGGUAUUCAAGCCGGCGAUGGGCCUAUCAAGCAGGCCGUACUCCGUCACCGCACGAGGCUCAAUGGCGAAUUCCAACGGUUGAAAAUCAAAAGGGGGGCGAAGACCCAAGAGGAAUUGGCGCAGACUGAUGAUUCUAGGGCAGCAUCCAUACCGCGAUACAUACGGGUGAACCUAACGUGUUGGAGUCUGGAUGAAGCCCUCAAGGUGUUCGAGGCCCAGGGCUUCGAACAAGGCGAUCCAUUAUCCUCGAAGAAAGCCUUCAAGAUAGAUGACCACAUUCCCGACCUUCUCGCCUUCCAUCCAAGCGUCAAGUUCACCGAAGAUCCGCUUUACUUGUCAGGCAAGAUUAUUUUGCAAGACAAAGCGUCAUGUUUCCCUGCGCAUGUCCUGUGCCCGCCAUCAAAUGACCGCGCGCAAGUCAUCGACGCCACGGCCGCUCCGGGAAACAAGACUUCGCACUUGUCAGCGAUUAUGCAGAACAAGGGCAAACUCUUCGCGUUCGAAAGAGAUCGCAAACGGUUCACCACGUUGAAGAACAUGUUGGCGAGAGCGCACUGCAGCAAUGUCGAAGCGGUGAACUUGGACUUCCUCACUGUCUCUCCUGAAGAUAGCAAAUUUGCGGGGGUGACCCACAUUCUUCUCGAUCCAUCAUGCAGCGGCUCGGGUAUCGUCAACCGAAUGGACCAUCUGUUGGACAACGAGGAAGAGGGUGACGGGAACUACGAACGUCUCAACAAGCUCGCCGCGUUCCAACUAAAAAUGAUCAGGCAUGCCAUGAAAUUCCCGUCAGUGAAGAGAAUUGCUUACUCGACAUGCAGUAUACACGCCAUCGAAAACGAACAUGUCGUGGGACAGGCUCUUAAAACCGAGGAGGCGGUUGUGGGCCACUUCAAACUUGCGCAUAGGGAGGAGGUAUUGCCUAAUUGGCAUCGGAGAGGUAUAGCAGAAGAGAUGAACGGGGAAGUCGACAAUGCUUCACGUCUGGUGCGGUGUUCUCCGGGAGAAGACGGCACCAAUGGGUUUUUCGUGAGCCUGUUCAUUCGUGCUGGAGCAGAAGGAGAAUCAGAGGGUCAGUCGAAGUUGAAACGCAAAUCGGACGACGAAGCGACGAGACACCGUCCUGCAAAGAAAAAGAAGAAGCAGAGCACGGCCACUACAUAG